AUGAUCAAUUAAAAGAUUGAAGAUUAGUAAAAUAUCAGAAUUUAAAAUUGUUUAGUGGCUGAAUAAAAAAUGAUAGCUGAUUAGUAAGUGUCUCUUAAUAUAAUUAGAAUUGAUUUUACAGUUUAUGAUUACCUCUAGCCUGAAACGAUGUAUUUAUUAAAUGAUUUACAUAAGAAAGAAAAUUUGUCUAAUCCAGGCAUAUUGUAGAAUGCUAUUAAAAAAAAAAAAAUUUAAAUUAUUGAAAGUCUGGGCUGUUAAAAGAAGAAAAGUUUAUGAAGAACUCAUUUAAACUGAAACCNUUUAAUUAUUAACUGAAUAGACUCUCUUUUUUAACUUAUCUUUCCUUUAGUAUCAUAUCUAUUCAUAAUUAUAUAUUAAUCAAAUAAUAAACUACUCCAAAAAUUAACAUCUUCGUUUCUGA